CCCACGCGCUUCCUGCGGUUGGUGCGGUCCAUGGCGAGCGCAUCAUGGCGAUCGAAGGUGGAGAGAGAACCUGUGGAGUACAUGAACUUAUCUGUAUUAGAAAAGUCUCUCCAGAGGCAGCUGGAUUUCUGUCAGCAGUUGGGGUGUUUAUUGUCUUGAUGCUGCUCCUUUUUCUCUAUAUUAACAAGAAGUUCUGUUUUGACAAUGUUGGAGGGUUUCCAGAUCUUGGUUCAGAAUACAGUACACGGAAGAAUUCACAAGAUAAAAUGUAUAAUUCCUACAUGGACAGAGAUGAGCCUGGUUCAUCAUCUGAAAGUGAAGAUGAAGCAUUGGGUAAAUACCAUGAGGCCUUGUCCAGAACACACACUUCCAGGUGGCCAUUGGUAGAUGCUAGACAAAAGAACUAUGCCUGGGAAACAAGGCAAAAAUACAGCCCUUUGUCCGCAGAGUACGAUGGGUACAGCAGUGAAGCAUCCGCAGAAGACGGAAACUGCAUUCAGAGAAUGAGAAGGACGCCUCCGCUGGACGAGCUGCAGCCUCCGCCUUAUCAGGACGACAGUGGUUCUCCUCACCUCUCAUGCACACCCUCCGAAGUCGGGGAUGGGAAGUGUGAGAUUUCCCACUGCAGCAACAGCCCACGGCGUCACUUCAACAAGUGCCCUAGUGAAGGAAGCACAGGGCACGAGGCAGAGAGCUUUCAUAAUAAAGGAUAUGAAGACGAUGUCCCUAGCGACAGCACCGCAGUCCUCAGCCCUGAAGACGUGUCAGCUCAAGGAUCCUCCUCACAGCUUCCUAGACCUUUUGACCCAGAGCCAGAGGCCAAGUACGGCACACUAGAUGUGACAUUUGACUACGACUCACAAAGACAGAAGCUUUUGGUAACGGUCACGGCUGUCACAGACAUUCCGACGUACAGCAGCGCGGGCGGCAGCUCGUGGCAGGUGCGCCUUGUUCUUCUACCCAUAAAGAAGCAGAGAGCCAAAACCAGCAUCCAGAGAGGGCCGUGCCCUGUCUUCACAGAGACGUUCAAGUUUAACCACGUUGAAUCAGAGAUGAUUGGAAACUAUGCAGUGAGGUUUAGACUAUAUGGUGUCCAUCGCAUGAAGAAAGAAAAGAUUGUGGGGGAAAAGAUUUUUUAUUUAACAAAGUUGAAUCUUCAAGGGAAAAUGUCGUUACCGGUGAUACUGGAACCUUCUUACAAUCCUUCUGGCUGUGACUCCCAGGUGAGCGUGUCAGAGGCAUCCUGUGGUGAAAGCACAUCCUCCUGCCAGUCUCUUGAACAUGGCUCUGUUCCAGAAAUCCUCAUUGGGCUCCUUUACAAUGCCACCACUGGAAGACUAUCAGCAGAAGUGAUCAAAGGCAGCCACUUCAAAAACCUGGCAGCAAACAGACCACCCAAUGGACUGUUCUGUUGUCUAAAACACUUGAUAGGUGGACAGGUUUAUAUAAUCCGAGAUACAUAUGUUAAGUUAACACUGCUGAAUUCCAUGGGCCAAGAGAUGUCCAAAUGCAAGACAUCCACCCGCAGAGGGCAGCCAAAUCCCAUCUACAAGGAAACUUUUGUUUUCCAAGUGGCCUUGUUUCAGCUUUCCGACGUGACUCUGAUACUGUCUGUGUAUAACAAACGCAGCAUGAAAAGAAAGGAGAUGAUAGGCUGGAUUUCCUUAGGUCUGAACAGCUCUGGGGAGGAGGAGCUCAGACACUGGACUGCAAUGAAGGAGUCCAAGGGACAGCAAGUGUGCAGGUGGCAUGCCCUGCUGGAGUCCUGAGGGAGGCGGCUCUUAGCCCAGCACUGCCGUUGUGUCCUGGUCAACAUCCGAGGAGCCGCGCCCAGGAGAGUCCUCUUCAGCACCCCACCACGAUGCUGCACGUUAACGGAAAGAUCAUCCAGUGCCGAGCUGAGGGAAACAAGAAACGUGUGUCCUUAGUGUCAGUAGCCCUCCAGAAAGUGGAUAACAUACUUUUGAUUUGGACUUGAUUUUAUUUAGUGAAAGAGCUAGGAAUGUUGUGGAGAUUGUGACUUUAAAACCAGAAUUUCCAUUGCAGCACUAUGUGUUAUUAUCACCCACAUGCUACCCACAGACAUUUUGAUGGUGUCUGUGGGCGGAUCUCAGUGAUCAAUCAUGUCU